AUUUCGUCAUAAUAAUAUUUUUGCUCUUUAAUUUUAUAGUUAUUUUUAAAUUUAAUGCUGAAGAUGAAUAUUAUUGGAAAAAUACCUUUCUCUAAUAUAUAUCCUAAGAAUAUGAAACCUUCACAUAAGAGGGUGAAAAUUGUAAAUGAACACGAAAAUAAUUCCCGCUACAUUAAUAUUCGAUAUACUCUCCCUCGCGGACGUUUAGAUGCCUCUAACUACAAUUCAGAAAACGUGAUCUCCUUGUUAGCGGCAAAUUUGAAAGAAACGUCCUUUAAUAAUGGUAGCAUCUCCAAUUUAAUUUGGGAAGAGAUCAGGAGUCUAUCUUUUAAAAGCCCGGAAAAUUUUAGAUCCCUACUUCCCAGUCAAUUGUAUCCGAUUCUCAAUUUAUCAGCAACCACCCAUAAUUUCAGAUCGUUUCACGUGGAUCCAUUUAAUUUAACCAACCUCUUUUUAUCUCCAUCUAUUUAUCCUAAUUUGGCACCGAAUUGUCAUUACACUAUUAUAUUUACGCUGAGAAGAAAAGGUGGUUCUAGCAGCAACAACAAUAAUAACUCAUCCAAUUCAAGUUCUUCUAAAGGCGGAAGUGGAAACAAAGACGAUGGUGAUAAUACGAAUAGCAAGGGGUUGCUACCACCACUUUCUACGACUAAUUCUACUAUUCAAAUAAAAAAUUUAUCGUCCGGAAAUGGUGGAAGUUCUUACAAUAAUACUACCGGCGGUCCAACCAAAAUCCGUUGUCCCAAAUGCGGGAUGAAUUGCUCGAAUGUUGAUACUUUGAUAUAUUCGCGUGUUUGGGAGUUGCUAAAAAGUAAUGAUUUGAGUUUAAUUGUGUCAUUGAAACCUGCCGGGGCUCCCGGACACAAUAAUCGAACCCAUCAUUUCUCUGAUGAUGAUGCCUUUGACGGAAGCAAAAGUGACAAAGGUAUUCAUUUAGACAAUGCCAUGAAAGAUGCAUUGAGGAAGGAAAUUGCAAGGAAUUUUUUAGCCCACAUGUCGCAAGCCGAGAAAAGGACUAGUCAAGGCACAGAGUUUUACAAGGAGAAGCUAGUGGCCUUUCCUCUUUCGACUCGAUUUGUUAAAUGCGAAAAAUGCCACCAUUUUUUUGUCGUGUUAACCGAAAACGAAACUAAGAAGUAUUAUAGGAAUAAUUCGUCGUUCUUGGGAACGCAAACUGCUGAAAAGCAGAUGCCAUACGCACAAGGUCCCUUCUCCAAACCUCCCCCGCACCCUAAAAAGAUUUAUGAGUUCCUAAACAGGUAUGUAAUUGGUCAAGAACGUGCCAAAAAAGUGCUAUCCGUAGCAGUUUACAAUCAUUAUAAACGAAUUUACACAAAUAUUAUCUGUCCACAAUCAACUUCCAAAUUAUUUUCCGACAGUAAAGGGCCACCGGGAGAGGCAAGCCAAGAAUUCAAAUUUUCCCCUCCCUAUAAUCCUCCAUUUUCUGCGUUCAAGGGUAACAGCCCAAAAAGUAACUUCCCAUCUAGUCAAACUUCUACUAUCAAAAAUACAUCAAAACAUUCUAACUCCCCAUAUUUUGGUUCUAAUAGCAAUUCAGUGCUUGUAGAGAAUGAAAAUUCUGUGAUUCAUUUUGGUAAACCAUCACAUCCCGAUCAGAUUGUUACAACUCAUAGAGGAGAUAUCCUAAACUUGACAGGCUUUUCUAUCUUAGACACUCACAAGAAUAUGUCUCAGUUUACAGCUCCUCCACCUUCAGGGCAAAAUCCAAAUAACGACGAUCCAACUACGCCGAUCGAUUUUCAAAAUCUCAAACAUCCAUUCAACCACACUACUCAAAAUACAAAUAAUGGUACUGGCAAUGCAAAUAUCAAUUUCACCAAAUACAGUAAUUCUGCAAUCGGUAGUGAUAUAUUGGAUAACGAGGAAAUCGAUCUAAAAAUAGAAAAGAGCAAUAUUUUGAUGCUCGGACCCACUGGAUCAGGUAAAACUCUGAUAGCCCACACCAUAGCUAAAUGCCUGGACGUUCCUUUUGCUAUUUGCGAUUGUACUACACUUACCCAAGCAGGUUAUGUAGGGGAGGAUAUCGAAAGCGUUAUUUCCAAGUUGCUUCAGGACGCCAAUAACAAUGUAGAAAAGGCUCAAAUGGGUAUAGUCUUUCUGGACGAAGUUGAUAAAAUAGGAGCAGUCCCUGGAAUUCAUCAACUAAGAGAUGUGGGUGGUGAAGGAGUUCAACAAGGCCUCCUAAAAAUUUUGGAAGGAACUGUGGUCAACGUGCCCGAAAGAAAUUCUAGAAAACUUCGAGGAGAAAGUAUUCAAGUCGACACAACAAAUAUCUUAUUUGUAGCUUCUGGAGCUUUUAACGGGCUAGACAGAAUCAUCAGUCGUAGAAUUAACGAAAGAUACAUAGGCUUCGGGGUUUCGAAAGAUCACCUUACCCCGUCAGAAGGUCUUAGCCGGCGAGAAGCCACUAAUGCAUAUAUCAAAGAUAGCAAUACACCUAACUCCGCAAAUACGGAUUACAUGGUUGACGAAAGGGAUCAAUGGCUAAAACUGGUAGAGAGUCGAGACUUGAUAGAGUUUGGAAUGAUCCCGGAAUUCGUAGGGCGCAUGCCAGUCGUCGUUCCGUUUCAUGGAUUAGAUCAAGAAUCACUUGUUAGAAUCUUAACCGAGCCCAAGAAUUGCCUCGUAAGCCAGUACAAGGCGCUCUUCAAGAUGGACCGAGUUGACUUGGAUAUAAACGAGAUUGCUUUGAAAUUAAUAGCCAAAAAAGCUAUGGAAAAGAAAACAGGAGCUAGGGGUCUUCGUGCUAUUAUGGAAAAUCUCCUGUUAGAAUCGAUGUUUGAAGUCCCGGGUUCCAGCAUAAAACUUGUCAAUAUCCACGAAAAAGUUAUAUUAAAUGGAGAGGCCCCUAUUUAUCAAUACUACGAAACUAAUGAAGAAAAACAAGACCUAAAAGAAAAUAUAAAUAGCGAAGAGAAAGAAGAAAAGGUUGUACAAUGAUGCACAAAAAUUAAUAAUCCGCAUUAUUCAUCCUAUGCUCGUUUUUAU